AUGGCAAUGCUUCCAUGGCGAUGGUCUCCAUCCAAAUUGUAUGUUGUUCAAAGUUCUUCCUUUUCCUGCAGGCAAACAGUGUUUCGAUCACCCUUCAUGGAGAAGAAAACCGCCGCGAAUCUUGUGCCACUGCUGCUGCUGCUUGUAGCAGCAUCAGUCAGACUCUCCAUGAAUCGAGCAGAGGCGUCGUCGUCGGCCUCGGGGCCUUACUGCGCGGCGCAGCUCGUCUCCAGCGCAAACCUCACACUGUGCGUCACCGCCUCCAGCCGCGUGGUGGUCAUGUCGCGCUGUGCCGACGGGCAUUCCUCGCAGAUGUGGAUCCGGAGACCACAACCCCGCGAGGGCCACAGCGCGAUUCUCAUCGUCAACUACUCGUCCCGGCUUGCGCUCCAGCACCAUGCGGUGGGCAACAGGAUCACUUGCGGCUCGAGCUCGCAGGGCCUAAACUCGUCGCUCUGGAUGAUGGACGGGGUCGGGGAGAGAUACCUCGCGCUGCGGACAUACCAGAACUCGGGGAUGGUCUUGGAUAUCUAUCACGGCGAUCACACCCAUGGCGGCGUGAGAGAGAAUAGCUUUCUCAUCACUCAUCCCUACGACCACCGUGACAACCAGCAGUGGAGAUUCAUAAACCCAGCGUGUUAG